AUGACACCGACGGCGCUGCUCCUCUCAGCGCUCCUGGCGUCAGCGAACGCCUCCCCGCUGGCACAGAGGGAAUACUACGGCGCGGCCUUUGGCCUCACUCCGCCGUUGGAGAAGCGGGGCGAGUCCGCCUGGCGCUACGCGGGGUGCUACGUCGAGUCGUCAACGCGUCUCCUGCGUGGCCCCUCAACGAGGGCUUCCGACAUGACGGUAAACAAGUGUCACCAAUUCUGCUCUGGGAGGCGCUACGCGGGCCUCGAGAACGGGGACGAGUGCUGGUGCGGCGACGUCUUGGCGCCGACCGACCCGGGCACGAACGCUGGAACGAAAGUGGACGAUAGGGAGUGUGGUAUCCCGUGCGGAGGGGAUAAGGAGGUAGUGUGCGGCGCACCCUGGCGCCUUGCACUUUAUGAGAGCAACCUCUUCGAGCCCGAGCCGAACUUGUGCCAACCUCUCCUCCCCGGGACUGGGAAUGGAACGGGGGCAGUCGUGAGCAUUGACAGGGAGGUGCUUACGCAUUCUUUCGACGCGACUGGCACAAGUGCCAGCGCGAGUGCCGGCACGGAGGUCCCCAUGCUGCUCACUCAUGCGGGUCCCGGCAGCAUCGACGCGACACUGCUCAACACCGCCAGCGCUAGCGCCAGCCCAAGCGUGACAGGCAGCCCGCAGCCUCUGACGCACGCCGGUCCCGAUCCCAUCCUCGAUGCGACGUCCGCAACUCCCUCGGCCCCCACGGCCACCGGCUCGUCCUCCGACUCCGCCUCCUCCACCUCCGCGAUCCUGAUAGACGGCACACCCUGGCUCACACACGGAUGCGUCGCGGCCUCCGAUGCGCGUGUCCUCUCCUCCUUCGCCGUGCUCGACCAGCCCAACAUGACCACUGUCGCUUGUCUGAGCCUUGUGGGGAGGAAGGGGUACAGGUACGCGGCCCUCGGACUCGGGCACGAGUGUUAUGGCGGCAACGUCCCCGCUGCCGGGUAUGGCGGUAGUGACGAGUGUAGCUACACGUGUAGCGAUGGGAGAAGGUGUGGUGGGAAAUGGGCGGUGGAUUUGUACCAGAUCGGAGAGGGGGCGAACGCCUCGGCCACUGCCGCCGGCAACGGCAGCAUGGGCCCUGUCGCUUCAGGCGCAGCUGGCGCAGCCGGCGCCGCGGGCCACGUCAACAACACUCUUCCCCCCACCUCCGGCACCUCCGCUUCCGUCAACGGCACAAUGGCGAACACGACGCCCAUCGCGCCCGAGAUCAUCUCGGGCCUAGCGCCGCCCCCACCCUCCAGCAAGCCGCACAAGGUCUGGGCCCACUUCAUGGUCGGGUUCACGUACGCCUACGCGCCACACAACUGGGACGUGGACAUUGCCGCGGCCAAGGCAGCAGGCAUAGACGGCUUCGCGCUCAACAUGGGCACCGACCCGUGGCAGCCGAAACAGGUCCGGAUGGCGUACGACGCAGCGAAGCGUGCGGGCGGCUUUGAGAUGUUUUUGAGUUUCGACAUGAACUCGCUCCAGUGCACCACGGCUCAGAACGCGACGACGCUCGUGGAGCACGUCAAGGCGUUUGCCAAGGAUGAGGUGCAGGCCAAGUGGGAGGGACGUGUGCUCGUUAGCACGUUUGCGGGACAGCAGUGUUCGUUUGGACGGAAUGAGACGAAGCCCGAGGUCGGGAGGAGGGAUAAUGCGACGGUGAGUGCGUCGACUUCCGCUAGUGCCAGCGCGUCCGCCAGCGCAGCGGCGACUCCACCAGCACCGCCUCCCCCCGUCCCCGACGCUUGGGGUCCCGCCUUCGUUGACCCGCUCAAAGCCUCCGGCAUCGAGAUCUUCUUCAUCCCGUCCCUGUUCCUCCCCCCCGCCCAGCAAGCGAGCUACGCCUGGCUCGACGGCGCGUUCGCGUGGAACAGUGCCUGGCCGGGAGCCGCCAACGACACGACGUCAACGACAGACAGCGAGUAUCUCGCGGCGCUCGAGCCAAGGGGGAAACUGUACGUGCCCGCGCUCUCGCCGGGCUUCUUCGCGCACUACGGUCCGGACAGCUACGACAAGAACUGGAUCUACAAAUCGGACGACUGGCUGUACUGCUCGCGGUGGGAGGCGCUCAUAGCCCUCCGGGCGCGCGCGCCCAUGCUCGAGAUCGUGACCUGGAACGACUUCACAGAGAGCUCCUAUCUCGCGCCGUAUCCCAACAAUGCGAGUCUGGACGAACAUUCCCCAGCCUGGGUCGAGGGCAUGGACCACGAGCCCCUCCAGGCGCUGACCAAGUUCUACUCCGACGCGUACAAGACGGGCAGCUAUCCCGAGAUCGAGGAGGACAGCCUCGUGCUCUGGUCCCGCCCGCAUCCGAAGGACGCGACCGCGCGCAACGACACAGUCCCCCGACCCAAGGACGCGGAUCUCGCCGACGACGCUCUCUACGCCGUCGUGCUCGCCAAGGCGCCCGCACGCGUGACGAUCUACAGCGGCAAGAACGAGCACGCCUUUGAUGUGCCCCAGGGUCUGAGCAAGAUUCGCAUCCAAAGCGCACCGGGCACGAUUGGAGGAUACGUCGAGCGCAAUGGGGUGAAGACGACGCAGUACGAUUCCGGAGGCCGGUUCGAGUAUACCGAUAAGCCUGAGGAGUACAACUUCAACUUUUACGUCGGGGCUAGCUCGGACCCGGGGCAGAUGAUCAAGAGCUUUGUCGCCGUGCCGCCGAAGUAG